ACUCUUUCUUUCUCUCCGCACUAUCACUGCCGUCUUUUUAAGCUCCCUCUUCUCUGCUGUGUUUCGCCCUCUCUCUUUGGGAGAAAAAGAGCAUGUAUGAGGAGGGACAGAGCAUAAACGGUGAGGAAAGGUUCUAUUGCAAGUAGUAGCAAUACAACGAUACCAACAGUUAUUUAAGGGUCGAUUUUUCCUCUGGCUCUCCCAACUAUGGAAUCCUUCAGCCUGCUCAAGUACUGGCGCGGCGGAGGCGGCGGCGGCCGAACCACCAUCGCCGACGCCAUUCGCUUUUCCACCGACACCCCCGACACCGUCGUCCUCCGCCCUUCCUCGGUGACCACAGAUGACGACGGCGACGAUGACGGGGGCCCCUUCUUCGACCUCGAGUUCACCGCCCUCCCCAUUGAUGACGGCGACGUAGAAGAGGGGGAGUUCAACUUCGAGCUAUGCUCGGUCGGCAGCGGCAACGCCCGGGCCAGAGGAGGAGAAGGCGAUGAUCGCGUAAUCGAAAGCCUCUCCCCUCCCGACGACUAUUUCUUUAAGGGAAAGCUCGCGCCUUUGGAGCCCACUUCUAUCGUGAUCACCGCCUCCGAGCCCGACAACAAAUCCCAGUUUCCAACCGUUUCCCUCCUCAAAUCCGCCACCAAGUUCCGCAUUUUCUUGCUCCGCCUCCGCAAGCCCAAAUCCACAGCGGCCGCGGUGGCGAAUGCUUCCCCGAAGCAGCAACCUCAGGGGGAGCGUCAAAGCAGGUUCUUCGUCAAGUUUAAGGUGGACGAGGUGCCCAUAAUCUCGCUCUUCACACGGGACAACAGCUCCCGGAACACUUCCUCCGGCAGUCGAACGGCGAAGCCGCAAGCGGAGGACAGCUCGGCGGCCACGACGGACGAGAAGAGGUUCGCCAGGGAAGUCGUCCAGAAGUACCUCAACAUGAUCAAGCCGUUAUACGUCAAGGUUUCGAGGUGGCACGUCGAGAGGCUAAGGCUCCCCAGCGAGCUUGCGCCGGCUAAGGCACCGCCGCAGGAAGCGGCGGCGAUCGGAGGGGGAGCCAAGGGAUUCCCGGCUGGGCUGAGGGUGGUGGGGAAGCGGCUGGGUAAAAGCCGGUCGGCGUCGGAGGUCGUUGCCGCGGUACGUUCGCCGCCUCCGCAGCGGCGUGACGACUCUCUCCGGGAGCUCCAGGACGGGAUCCAGAGCGCCAUCGCGCACUGCAAGCGAUCGUUCACCACCUCCGACCAAGGGCCCGAGUCACCGUUGGUCAGAUCGAAGAGCGACCCGAUCCAGGCAACGGGCAACCAGAAUUGAGUCGCGUUCCGUGCGUUUCUCUCACGGAAAACAAGUCUCUUAGCAAAGGCUUUGUAAAUUACAACUUCAUAUGAACUUUAGUUAAGACUUGAGUCCCCAUUUGUGCUGCUACUGAGAGAAGAUUACAGAGAUUAAGAAGGAGAAUGAAAUGAUGAUUGGAUGGAGA